CAAUGAUUUUAUGAGUGAAGUUGCUGAAAUAAACAGUGGUAGAGCCAAAGAUACAAAUAAUUGAUUAUAAAUAAUGUCGAGCAAUAUGUUUCGCACCGCUAAAUACAAAAUAGAUUUUGUAAACUUUUCGUCAUAUCGCCGGCUUUUUGUGGUUUUACUAUGUGUUUGUAUUGUCUUUUACUUAUUGCCGCCCAUUUUUCGUUAUCUAUUCCUUGGAAGGGCACCGGAAAACAAAGAUCCCUUAAUGCAGUGCAUGGACGAUCGUUUGACUCCAUUUUUCUUACAAAAUUUCGAGUUUGAUGCCAAUAUAAGGCAUGUGCCACCAUUCGAGGAGGAACGCAACAUUAUACCAUAUGUGGGCAAUGGUUAUAUAGGCUUGGAGGUGGCACAUGAUGCCCCUUUAAAUAUUAAAUAUGGACGAGCUAUGCAACUGCCAACUCAGUUUCAUCCGAUUGUUUCGGUUUUGCAGACAGCCGAAUCGGGUAGAGAAGCAACCGUUGUGGAAUAUCUUUCGGGUAUUGUUUGGAGAUUUCAAUGUUUCUCCAAUAUGUUUGUAUCAUAUUCAUAUUAUGCUCACCGAACGCAUCCAAGUAUUCUUAUGCAAGAAAUUAAAAUUACAAAUACACGCAAUACUAUGGAAGAGGUUGAACUUAUAUUACCACGAGUACAUUUUCAGUCACCCUACACUCGUACCAUACCACUAGGUUCCACGGAAUCAACAAAGGAAUUUCAAAUUAUUACGGGUACUCUAAAUCCAGAUUCAGAGGAUACAUCCUUGAUUAUCGUGGUUGCCAUUGUAAUACCAAAAGUCUCUAGAAGUAUACAAUUAAAGAAACGCGGUAGUAUUAAAAUAGAAAUACCAAUAGCUGUACAUUAUUCAAAGCCAUUGAAGAGAGACAACGAAGAACAAAUGAGGACAACUAUUGCAGAGACGGGUCAAAAAGCUACCUUAGCCAUGAAUAAAGUACUACAGAGUUUGCAAUCAAAAACCGAAUCUGCCGCUACGGCUCUGCACAAUUUCCGACAGGCCCACAUUAACGUUUGGUCUGACUUGUGGGCUACAGGUUUUACGAUCAGUACUUCGAAAGCGGAAAAUAGUUUAAAUGGUGAUCGUAUCAAUGCCACAAUGUACGCUGUCUUAUCACAAACUCGUAGUUAUGAAUUUGAGGAAUACAUUUCAGUAUCUGCACCAUCCAAACAGGAUAUUGCCAAGGCUUUAACAUAUGCUGAGGGUUGCUAUGAUUCCUAUCAUACCUUACAAGCUGAUAAUCUGUGGCUACCAAUGGAUUCAUUGGAAAAACUGAACAAAGUUGUCUCUUCGUGGAUGUUAACGCUCGAAAAACAGGGCUGUCACAACCUAAUUCGGGCUGGUUCUUCUGGUGUAAUUCAAGCAAUGGUACUAAGCUUCGGAAGUUUCCGAUUCAGUAAUCAACAUUUAGAGUGCAAUAUGCACCCCAAAUAUUUGCACAGAGAUUUCCAUUUUCGUCGCUUGAAUUAUGGCAAUCGUACACAUGUUAAUGUGACAAUUAAUGUUACCGAAGACAAUAAGGCUGUCAUAAAUGUGGCAUUAGAUAGAUCAGAUCGUUCAUAUUAUGCUUGUGAUGGUGGCUGUAUGGAUGAGCCGGUUUUAUUAACUCAAAACCGACGACAAUUUCCUGUUAAGCUAACAGAACCAUUGACUGCCAUCCUGUAUAUAACCGAAGACAAACAGCAUAUAGUCGAACUUCAUCAAGCUAUACAUGUUAAAGAGGUUGUGGAAGCUCCCGCACAUGAACAACACAUAAUAUCCCUGCAUAAACAUGGUCAUCAACUAGGUGGUUUACCCACACUAUUUUGGGUAUCUGUAUGUGCAAUAAUAAUAGUAUUUCAUAUAUUCUUAUGUAAAUUAAUAAUUAAGGAAUAUUGUGAACCAUCUGAUAAAUUAAGAUAUCGUUAUAACAAACCGUGAUUUUAGGUUCUAAAUGUGUAAAAACA